GUCCCAGAUUACUCCAAAAAAAAAUCCCGAUUGGCCUCUCGUCCUGCCCCCCGCCCCCACGCCACAGAUCCCAGCCCUCGCCGCCGCCGUCGCCGCCGCCGCCGAGUAGGUUGUUGCGCGCUGACGGCCACGCGCGGCGGGGGAGGUCGCCGCGUGUCUCGAAAUCGCAACUCCGGCCGUCUGCAAUUACCCCGGACGGCGGGGAGCCGCCGGCGCGGGCUGCGACCAGCUCACAAGUAACAAGCCUUACCGUUUUGCUGCUUGUGGAAGGAAGCUCCAGGUUACUGAUGCAAAUUAGAGGAUCUGACUCCUUAUUGGACAGACAUCGACUUAAAUUGGACUGGACAAUCAGCAAAGUGAAAUGGCAGAACCAUGGCCAUCGUAUUCAUCAUCAUCUCGUGGGAAAAAGAAGCGACCACGCUCUCCUAAUGACGAUGCCACAAGUUCACAAGGCAGAACCGAGAAUAGCACAAGCCUUGGUCAAUACUAAAUCAAGUGGGUCACUGCGUAUCACCACCAGCACCGCAUCAGAUAGAUGACUAUGAGUUAGUGUACUUAUGACCCCCUUACAGUGUCUCUUGUUCUUCUUUCUCAACGUUCAGGCCUGAUAAACUCAUAUGAUGUAUGCUGUAGUUUUUCAUUCAGUUAUGUACUCCUAGAAAAUUGCUUUUGUGGCAGCUAGCACAUGGCAGAAAUUGGCCAGCUGUAACAAGUCAAGAGAGGUUUCAUUUUUACAGAGCUUGCUGAGAACAAAAUGCUAUAUGUCGGGUCACCAUCUGCUACAGAUGCUCUCUCUCGUUGGCUUCAUUGCUUCUAGGACACAGCAGGUAGCAGAGGAUGGAUUGCCAUAGUUGAUGUAGCUGGAAACAGAGUUUCAUCGCCACUGUUGGUAUCUCACAUGGUUGCCACUGGUGGGGUCGAUUGUCAGUAGUUGCGGCUGUUGUUAUGAGAGAUUUAUAGCUCCAGUUGAUUAGCUUCUUUGGGGUGGGGCUGGAACAAGGUUAGGUACAGAGAGGAAUUAACAAUGGACUAUAGGCGUCUUGUGGCUUGCUGCGAAAUUGGGAACAUGAUUAGAGGCCCUGGAUGGACACACUAGCUCGGGCUCUGGAGAUUAUAUGGUUUUGGUGACCCAAAUGUGCAAGUCAGGAGAGCGGAGGACAACCUUAUAUUCAGUGAUACUCUGAUAGCUCUACAGUUGAUGCGCACACAAUUCCCAAAGCUAGAGAAGGUUGUAACACAGCCUUUCAUUUUACAGUCCCAAUUGUAUAGCAGCGUGAAGGACAGGACACAAGUUGAUAGAGAUUUGGAGUCACUGAAGAAAGACAGAGUACUCCGUGUAUUCAAACUCAAUACUGGGCAGGAUGACCAUGCAAUCAUGUUCAUGGAUGAUUAUCUGAAACAGAUGGAAUCUGCUGUCAGGAGGUCAAAGGGUAAAAACCAAGAUUGCAGUGAAGUGUUUGAGUGGUUUGAGAAAUAUGUUCUGCCUUCGAAAUUGGAUGUUAGCAUAGAUCACCUAGAGCUGGUAAGUUUCAGCCAUUGUUCACUGUUAUCAAAUGGGGGUGAUGCAAGAGAUAAACAUAUCACCUUAUUGAUGAAUGCUGGUCUCCUAACACGCCAACUAAUAGAUCCAAACAUGUACUGGUUUUCUAUUCCAAGUAUUGGCCCUAUCUUGAAAGGCCUAACCCAGGGGAGGAAGGAAGUUCUUUCGUUAUUGAACCGUCGGAAGUACAAGGAGAUGCUACUAUCUUCACUGGAGAAGACGAGGUUAAGAUUAUCACCUCUUGACGUGCGGUUCCACCUCCGCGAUCUGAUUGGGUCUGGUCAGAUAAAGACGGUUCAAACGGCCACUGGCUUACUUGCUCGCGUGUCAACAGAUUGAUAAAUACACCUUUGGAUAAAAAAAGGAAUCAACAGAUUCCGCUUCUUCUGAUAAGAAUAGUAUUUCCUGCUCAGGCAGCAAAAGUAGCCAGAGUUUAUUUUAUUGGUUCCUGCAUUCUUUAAGGUCAAUUAGUAGGGUGUAUUUUCUUUUCUGAGAGGUAUUAUGUUCUUGAUCUGAUUAAUGUUGUAUAGGAAUCAUGAUGAAAUACUAGAAAUUUUACGUACCGAAUGAAUUGUUUCCUGUGAAACGCAUGCAACAUAGUGUGGAAUCUCCAUGUAUUCAUGUGUAACAAAUGGGGCAACUGGCAUUUUUGCCCCAGAUGAUAUACGAUGAUGUUUAGACUGUUAGUGCUUUGCUAGAAGAGAAGAUCUAAGAAGAGCAUAUAGAAGGGAAAAUGGCCAUUUAUUCAGAACUGAUGUGCAUUUUGUACAACAGUGGUCACUUGCUAUUACCAAUUUCUAAUUUUGUGCA